UCCUGCCGCCGCGCGUCCUGUUUCUUAGGGAACGGCGCCGGAAGGGGUGGGGCGGGCCAAUGGUGGCGGGCGCGGCCGGGGCCGCGGCGAUUGAGGGGCUGCUCUCUGCUGCAGGUUGAUCCUGCUUUGGGAUAAUGGCAGGAAAAGUAAAGUGGGUAACUGACAUAGAAAAAUCUGUAUUAAUAAACAAUUUUGAAAAAAGAGGCUGGAUUCAGGUGGCAGAAAAUGAAGACUGGAAUUUUUAUUGGAUGAGCGUACAAACGAUCAGAAAUGUUUUCAGUGUGGAAACUGGUUACCGCCUUUCUGAUGACCAAAUUGUCAAUCAUUUCCCCAACCACUAUGAGUUGACCAGAAAGGAUUUGAUGGUAAAAAAUAUCAAGCGAUAUAGGAGAGAACUUGAGAAAGAAGGAAGUCCUCUUGCAGAAAAGGAUGAAAAUGGAAAAUAUAUUUAUUUGGAUUUUGUUCCUGUUACUUUUAUGCUUCCUGCCGAUUAUAAUCUCUUUGUUGAAGAAUUCAGAAAAAAUCCCUCCAGCACUUGGAUUAUGAAACCUUGUGGUAAAGCUCAAGGAAAAGGAAUAUUUCUAAUCAAUAAACUCUCUCAAAUUAAAAAAUGGUCUCGAGAUAGCAAAACAUCUUCGUUUGUAUCUCAGUCUUCCAAAGAAGCUUAUGUGAUUUCUCUAUAUAUCAACAAUCCAUUACUAAUUGGAGGAAAGAAAUUUGACCUUCGUCUGUAUGUUUUAGUAUCUACCUAUCGCCCUCUGAGAUGUUACAUGUAUAAACUUGGAUUUUGCCGGUUUUGCACAGUAAAAUAUACACCAAGUACAAGUGAAUUGGAUAACAUGUUUGUACAUCUUACAAAUGUUGCCAUUCAGAAACAUGGGGAUGAUUACAAUCAUAUCCAUGGAGGCAAGUGGACAGUGAGUAACUUACGCCUGUAUCUAGAAAGCACCCGUGGAAAGGAAGUGACAAACAAAUUAUUUGAUGAAAUUCACUGGAUAAUUGUGCAGUCCCUGAAAGCCGUUGCGCCUGUAAUGAAUAAUGAUAAACACUGCUUUGAAUGCUAUGGAUAUGACAUUAUCAUUGAUGACAAGCUUAAACCAUGGCUAAUUGAGGUUAAUGCUUCCCCUUCUCUUACUUCCAGUACGGCUAAUGAUCGCAUCUUGAAGUAUAAUCUUAUUAAUGACACACUUAACAUUGCUGUGCCAAAUGGGGAAAUUCCAGACUGUAAAUGGAAUAAAUCUCCACCAAAAGAGGUUCUUGGCAAUUAUGAAGUCUUAUAUGAUGAAGAGAUGGCGCAAAGUGAUGGUCCUGAUCGUGACUUGCGAAGUCGUUCUGGGCAAUCCACUGGAACAAAAGGAGGUCGUGCAAGAGAUUCGGGAAAGCCCGUAUUGACCACCUGGAAAUAAUGAUUAAAAAACCCAACCACACUGGUGGUAGGACAACAUCAUGAACAAAAAGGCAGUUCAUUAACCGAUUUCUCUAUUUUGCUAUGUUAUAUGUGGGAAGUAUUAAAGGAGGACAAUACAGCUUUUGAAAAGAAAUGAAAUAUGCUCUAAAACCAGGAACUGUACUAUACAUGCACUGACUUGCCAAUUAUAAUAAUUAUACACAUGCACGUGCAUAUAUAUAUAUAUAUAUAUAUAAAAUGUAUGCAUAUAUAUAAAAAACUAAUUUCAUGCAAGGAUAUUUGUGCAUGUGCUUAUAGUAGUUCUCUGAAAUCAACGAAUUCUGAACUUUUAGAAGCAUAUAUAUUCAGACUUUGAAGAAACCAAUACACUCUCAACAAUGAUUAAAAGGUUUCUUUAUAAAGAUGACAACUCAAAAUAUGUGUUCUGAAAGAAGAUACUCGUUGCUCUGAAUAUAGUUUAUUUUCAAUAGUAGCCUAUCUCUACAUCUAUGUAAUAAAUGAGAUCCGGAUUCUGUGAAAGGGUGGUAGUGGUGAGGAUAAGUAUUGCCAGAAUGAUGGUUGAUGGCUUCUUGCUAGUAAAGAAAAAAAAAGUAAUGAGAGAAUAGUAGUGCAUGGAGUCAAUGAUUUACAAACAGUCUUAAGAACUUGAAAAGUAAAUCUUUAUAUGCUGAGGGUUUUUUGAUCGUUUUGUUUUUGUUUUCUCUUAAAAUGUUUUGAGCUGAUAUCUCUUUAAUGGUAAAAGUUUCAUGUACAAAGGAAAUAUUUAAUAUGGUAAAUUGAUGCAUUAUUUGACUAGCUGUUCACUUUUAUUGCAAGAUAAUGUAUCUUUGGAAAAUCAGACAGAACAAUUACAUACCGUAAUAAAUCUCAGUGCUUGAGACUGGCUAUACAUCUUUAGUUGCACCAGAGUCUCUUCCUGUAUUUAUGCACGUAAGUAGAAUAUCUGGAUAUUUUUGUAUAUUUUGUAUGUACUGUAACAAAAAUAUCGUUGAAUAUGAUAAGCUAUUUCUAGUAGCUCUUGUAUCAAAAUCUGUGAUAAUUAGCUACCAAAAUGUAUAGAGCAAAAGUUAAAAAUAGGUAUUUCAGCCUUCUAACAUUGUAGUAUAUAAAUAAACUAGUUGAGUCUG